AUGUCGUCCUACACUGUCCCGUUUGUUAUCAAUGGCCAAGAGCGCCGCCCCGAAAAGACGUUUGACGUUGUGUCACCCGACACGGGCAAGGUGCUGCACCAGUGCGGUAUAGCCACCGAGACCGAGGUGCGCGACGCCGUGGACGCAGCUGCAAAGGCACUGCCGAAAUGGAAGGCCACAACGCCGAUCCAGCGCCGCGAUAUCAUCCUCAAGGCCGCCGAGAUCUUUGAUAAGCGGCGCGAGGAGCUCAAGCCGUAUAUGCAGGAGGCAGUGGCCGCGGCACCGGGCUGGGCUGCUUUCAACAUUGACACCACCAUUGACAUUGUCAAGGAUGUCGCUGGUCGCAUCAGCUCCAUCACUGGAACCAUCCCGACGCUGGCGGACCCAAAUGUUUCAGCCAUGGUCGUCAAGGAGCCCUACGGUGUGGUCCUGGCCAUUGCUCCCUGGAAUGCGCCAUACAUUCUGGGUACCCGCUCGGUGCUCUUCCCCCUCGCUGCAGGCAACACGGUCGUCUUCAAGGGCUCCGAGCUAUCGCCAAGAGUGUUCUGGGCCAUUACGGAUGUCUUUAGGGAGGCUGGUCUUCCCGACGGUGUGCUCAACUUCAUCUCCACGGACCCUGCUCACGCUGCCGAAGUCACGACAGCCCUGAUUGCACACCCCGAAGUCAAAAAGGUCAAUUUCACGGGAUCUACUGCUGUGGGAAGAAUCAUUGGCAAGCUUGCAGGCCAGUACCUCAAGCCAGUCGUCCAGGAGCUGGGCGGCAAGGCCCCGGCCAUCAUCUGGGAGGAUGCCAACCUUGACAUCGCCGCUGAGCAGUGCACUCUGGGCGCAUUCAUGUUCUCUGGACAGAUCUGCAUGAGCACGGAAAAGAUUCUGGUCCACAAGAAGAUCAGCCAGGAAUUCAAGAAGAAAUUCUUGGAAAAGAUUGAUGCAGUUUUCUCGUCAUCCGGUGACGCCCCUGUCCUCAUCAACACCAAUGGUGUCGACAAGGUCAAGAAGCUUCUGCAGGACGCCGUGGACAAGGGCGGCAAGGUGCUGAAUGGUGACUUUAAUGCCGAGGAAAAGUCCAAGACCCGGCUGCGGCCCCUCGUCAUUGACGGCAUCACCUCGGAGAUGGACAUUUACAAGACAGAGUCAUUUGGGCCAUCUGUCAGCUUGAUUGAGAUCGAGACCGAGGAAGAGGCUCUGCGCAUUGCCAACGAUACCGAGUAUGGUCUGACCUCGGCCGUCUUUACCGAGGAUCUGAGGACUGGCUUGAGGUUCGCCAAGGGCAUCGAGUCCGGCGCGGUUCACAUCAACAACAUGACCAUCCACGACGAGUCUGCGCUUGCUCACGGCGGCUGCAAGUCGAGUGGUUAUGGCAGAUUUAACGCCACUGCAGGGUUGGAGGAAUGGUUACGCACAAAAACGAUUACAUGGCGUAACUAG